AGCAGUUCCGAUUCCCACUUAUUAUCAAACGUCUAACAACACAUAGCGAUUCUGAGCUCGGCUGAAACCCAGUGAACUACGAAGAACGCUGAAAGGAUAAAAAAAUCAAACAAGAGAAUCUAACCAAUUACAUCCAGAUAUCGUGGGUUUUGAAAAUUUUCUUCUGUAAGGUUUAAGUAUUGGAAAUAAGUAAAAAUGCCCGACUUACACUCUCUUGUUAAUGAUUUUCAAAACAAACUUAGGAAACGCAAAAUUGAGGGGUCACAAGCCACGGCUAGGCACACAGCAGAGUUGCUUCGUUCAGUUAUAUCACAACAAAGAAUUCCGUAUACAAAUCAGGCCGGUGCUCUUAUUAAUGCUAUAAAGGCUGUUGGAGAGCAGCUGAUUGCUGCAAAUCCUGUUGAGCUUGCUGUUGGUAAUAUUAUUCGGAGGGUGCUGCACAUUAUUAGGGAAGAGGAUUUAUCUCUUACUACAGCGUCUAUAGGUGACCUGAACAUUUCUGUUGGAAGUGAUGAUGAUGAUGAUGAUGACAAGGAUGAUCACCCUGUCCUGUCAGCAGCUGCUGUAGCUGCUGCAGCAAGAAGCACUUUGCGCCCACCAUCUUUGCAGACUCUACUUGAGGACGUUCCUGAUCCCAAUGCUGUUCCCCAUACUUCUUCAUCUGGGGGUGAUUCUGAAGGGAAAAGCAAAUCUGCUGAUAAGAGCUCCAGAAGCCGAAAAUUAAAGCAUGAUGUCAUUGAAGCAGUUAAUGAACUCAUUCAGGAUAUUACUACUUGCCAUGAACAGAUUGCCGAACAAGCUAUUGAGCACAUCCAUCAAAAUGAGGUGAUAUUGACUUUAGGUAGCUCUAGAACAGUGAUGGAAUUUCUCUGCGCAGCAAAGGAGAAGAAGCGAUCAUUCAGAGUUUUUGUGGCUGAAGGUGCUCCAAGGUAUCAAGGGCAUGUUCUUGCCAAGGAAUUAGCGGCAAGAGGUCUGCAGACCACUGUAAUCACAGACUCUGCUGUUUUUGCCAUGAUAUCUCGUGUUAAUAUGGUAAUUGUUGGAGCUCAUGCCAUCAUGGCUAAUGGUGGACUGAUAGCCCCUGUUGGUUUGAAUAUGGUUGCUCUUGCGGCCCAAAGACAUGCGGUCCCAUUUGUGGUAGUGGCCGGAAGUCACAAGUUAUGCCCAUUGUAUCCUCACAAUCCGGAGGUCUUACUUAAUGAGCUGAAAUCCCCUUCUGAUUUGCUCGAUUUUGGAGAGUUCUCAGAUUGUUUUGAUUUUGGAAGUGGCAAUGGUGAACCGCUGCUUCAUGUGGUUAACCCUGCAUUUGAUUAUGUGCCACCAAAGCUCGUUAGUCUCUUUAUUACUGACACGGGAGGGCAUAAUCCAUCAUACAUGUAUAGGCUGAUCGCAGAUUACUACUCUGUUGAUGAUUUGGUUAUACAAAGAAAGUUAGCAGCUGGAAAUUAACCCUUGGGUUAUUUUGAUGUGGUAUGUUAAUCAAAUUUUGAAGUGUAUCGAAUUUGAUUUUAUGAAAGAGGUUCUAAUUCAUCAGCUCGAGUUUGCUGCAUUUGUUGAAACUGCUGCAUUGCUGAUUUACGUUCAUCAUUUGUUAUUGAUGCUUACUUUUUCUAUGCCGUGUCCA